AUAAACAUUUAGCUUUCUGGGGCCUGAACAUUGUUUUUUAGUCGUUUCAUGUUUUGAAUAUGGUCUGCUUUUGUUUCUUGGUGGACCAAAGGCGGAAGCUGAAAAGUAUUAAGCCGGCAGCUGGGUUAUGCUCGCGGUGCGGCGGUGGAGCAAGCGUCGGAGAUAUGAUGACGAUCAACCGGUUUUGUUAUGUCCCGUUUUAUUGGAAAUCUCGGAAAGCUAUAAUUUGCACUUUUUGUGGAGCUGUUCUUAAAUCUUACAGAUGAAAGAAGCCGGAGCUGUCUUCUCUGUCGGUUUUUCGUGACUUUUAAGGCCGUAUGUAUGCAA